GAGAACUCGGACGGCAACAAAGAACAGUUUCCCAUUUCUUUCUUCAGUCCCUCCUCGAGCAAAGCAACCAUGGCCGGUCAACAUCCGGAUCUUGAUCUAGCUCCGGUCGUCGAUGCCUACGGCUACCUCAAAAUCGUCCUCAACCCGGAUGGCACGGUCACGCGCGGCCUCGAUGACCCAACUACCCCCGCCGUGCCCGAUCCCGACCACCCCUUCGCCGUCCGCACCAAGGCCGUGCCCCUCAACCCGACCCACAACACUUGGGCCCGGAUCUACGUGCCUCCCUCAUCACCAACGCCCGACCAAAAGCUACCGCUCAUCGUGUACUACCACGGCGGCGGUUUCGUACUCAUGUCCCCGUCCUCCGCGAUAAACCACAAUUUCUGCUCCCUCAUGGCGGCGAGCCUCUCUGCCGUCUUCGUCUCCCCCGGCUACUGCCUCGCUCCGGAGCACCGCCUCCCCGUGGCCUACGACGAUGCCGUGUAGGCCCUCCGCUGGGUCAGGACCGCCGAGGACGAGUGGCUUAGCGAACGGGUUGACUUCUCGCGGUGCUUCCUGAUGGGCACGAGCGCGGGACGGAACAUCGCAUAUCACGUGGGGCUGCGCGCGUGCGCCGCCACCGCCGCGGCCGAUCUGGAGCCUUUGGUGAUCAGAGGCCUGAUCUUGCACCACCCCUUCUUUGGUAGGUCCCGGAGGACCGAGUCGGAAGUGAGGCUGUUCAACAACUCAAUCCCACCGGUGAACGUGGCGGAUCUGCUGUGGGAGCUGGCGCUGCCGGUUGGUGCCGACCGGGACCACGAGUAUUGCAAUCCGACGUCUGUGGACAGAUCAGAGGAGUGGGAGAGGAUGAGAGCGAAGGGGUGGCGAGCGGUGGUGGCGGGCAGUGGCGGAAAUCCGCUGAUAGAUCAGUAGAGGGAGUUGACGGUGGAGCUGGAGGCGAAGGGCGUGGACGUGAUGGGCAUUUUCAGCGGCGAAGGCGAUUAUCAUGGAGUGGAGUUGGUGGAACCGGCUAAGGGAGAGUUGUUUGUGGAGAAACUGAAAGGUAUCGUUUGAGCUGGUGGCUCGGCUACGCCGGCAGCCCGGGACGGGAAGAUAAACGUCAAUCGAAGACGGAUGCCAUCCAUUGAAUACAAACAACCUUAUUUUUUGUAAGAAAGUGAAGAUGAGUAGCAUAAAUGUGUUCAUACAUCAUCCUUAUCUCCACCAUACGAAAAGGUAUAACUUCCAACCGCAAUAGACAUGAUGUGAUGCACAUAUGCUUUGCACUCUUUCACUCUUCCUUUCCGAUCAUUGAUGUGAGGGCCGAUCCGGGUCCUAAACCAGGAGGCUUUAACACGGAUUUUGCAUUGCUGAUUAAUUCUCGGAGCCGAGCUUUGGUUGGCAAGAUGGUCCCUUAAGUUUAGCAUUAACAGGCUCUACGUCUUGGGAGAUUUCUGAAUCGAUAUGUGUUGCACAAACUGUUUUGUAGUCGAAUUAUGGUGGAUUGCUCACGACGUGCCACUUUGAUUCGAUUGCACUGUUGUGUUGAAUGUGAUGAAAGGUAAAGCUUCAGCGUGUAUCAAGAGUACAAAAUACAACCUUUCAA